CACAGAGGACAACAAAACUCAAGGGAUAAUGGAAAAAAGCAAGUGGGACCUCAAAAAGAUCCGUUUUCAACGGAGACGUCUGACCAGGCUGGACGAUUUUGUACAUACAUACAAAGUCACCUUGAGCGCCCUGCUAAGGGAAUAUGGCGACUCUCUGAGGAGGGGGAAGAAGACCCAUCGUGUGGACAUGGAGCGAUGGAAAAAAAGAAAGCAGAACAGGCGAGGAGUUUAUGUGACACCCAUAAACAAGCCUUUUGUUUUCAGACAGCACAAGAAGAAUCUCAUGCAGAAGACAAAAACAGCAAAAGCUCCAGCUCCACUACAAAAACAAGCGCCAGGUGAAACGGAAGCACAUAUUCCAUCACAGGAUCCAAAAGACAAGGCAAGACAAGGUCAAUCUUCAUCCACAUCAGACAUGACGGAGCAUGCUGAGGAUGAUGCACAGGGAGGUAAAGUGGAUGCUUCAUCAGAGCUGACCGCGUUGUGGAAAAAAAAGGACACUGACGUGGUGGUGUCUGUAGUCCCCACUCAAAUAAGAGGCAACAGUUUUACCAUCCGUCACUCUGACAUGCGGACCCUUAGACCACACCAGUGGCUUACAGGCGAGAUCAUCGAGUGUCUUUUCCAUAUACAUGCACAUAAAUGUGAACUGGGGACGAGGAUUUAUAUUCUCAACCAUUACUCAGCUGGUGUGAUCCUCUUUGGGAAAAGAGAAGAGGUCAGGAAGCACACUUUGUCAAAGUACAUCAAUGCUGAAGAAAGCACAGUGUAUUUGGCAGAUCCUGCACGCAACUCUGCAGAGCAGGCAGAGUCAGACAAUGCUGCCAACAAAUGCAGUGAUUACUUCAAAAUGAGGAGGACCUGCUGCAGUAAGACAGACUGGGUAGACAUAAAAUGGAAGAGAGGAGUAAUGAAACACCCAGUACAGCAGGAUGGCAAUAGCUGUGGGGUAGUUGUCUGCAUGAUGGCAAAGGAGGUCAUGGAAGUCUUUCCUAAAACACCAACAAUGGCCUUUGGGACCACAAAAAAGGAGAUGUUAAAGAAAAGUGUUGGCCAUGGAAAUACUGACAGCAUCAGUGUUUGACAAAGAAGUCAACUGUGCCAUGUGCGCCGGCAUAAAACCACCCGGCUCAGUGCCACAUCACACCCACACUGACUGGAUUCAGUGUGACAGCUGUUUCCGGUGGUGCCACACACAGUGCCUGCAUAUGGACCAAAAGUCUCUUGAAGAGGCACAAGUUGGGGACUGGGUUUGCUCUCUGUGUGACAAAUAAUGUUUGUGCAUGAACAUGCGGUUGCUGUAUGUCCUAUAUUAACAACAAA